AUGCUGAUAAACGGGCUGUCCGGAUGGUCCUCAUCGGCUGACUCCCGGUUUGAAUUGAGCUCCUUCCACCACCCGGCAACUGGGACAAGUGGUGCAUUCAAUACCAGGGGCUUGUAUCUGCUCACGCAGGAUGUUUCGCAUUUUGAUCACCAAUUCUUCAAAAUUAGUGCAACAGAGGCGGCUUCUAUUGAUCCCCAGCAAAGGCUACUGCUCGAAGUUGCGUAUGAGGCAUUUGAAAACGCUGGCAUAUCAGCGGAGGCGUUGUCUGGAACAGAGACUGGGGUAUAUUGCGCAAUAUCGAAUCAUGAUUAUGAGACUAUGCAGGGUCGUGACCCUGAAUUAUCUCCAAGGUACCGUUUCACUGGAACUGGUGCCGCCCUGGCCUCCAAUCGAAUCUCAUAUUUCUUUAAUAUGAAUGGUCCCAGUAUCACCUUUGAUACGGCCUGUUCUGGAAGCCUUGUGGCGAUACAUGCAGCCUGCCAGGCGAUUCGAUAUGGCGAAAUCAGACAGGCGCUUGUGGGCGGCGCAAACCUGAUUCUUGAUCCUGAGCGCAUCAGCGUGAUGUCCUCAAUGGAUCGCGCGGACGGCUUUGGGAGAGGUGAGGGAGUUGCUGCGAUCGUCCUCAAAGUACUAGAUGACGCCCUUCGGGAUGGGGACACGAUACAUGCAGUAAUCCGAGGGACUGCUGUCAAUCAGGAUGGUCGUACGCCAGGGAUUAUGGUACCAUCUCACUCGGCCCAAGUCAAAAUGAUCUGCCGUGCCUAUCAAGAGGCAGAUCUCGAUCCAAGAUACACAACAUAUAUUGAGGCGCAUGGAACUGGGACGCGUAUGGGCGACAUGAUAGAAUCAUCUGCAAUUAACGAGGUCUUCUCUCGUGAUCGCCCUGAUGAUUCUCCGCUGUAUGUCGGCAGUGUCAAGACAAAUGUCGGUCAUACGGAGAGUGCAGCUGGCCUAGUAGGGCUAAUUAAGACAGUCCUUGUGCUGGAAAAUGGGGUUAUUCCGCCAAAUUUGAAUUUUGGCAUUGCCAAUCCUGAAACUUCGCUAGAUCAAUUGCUCAUAAAGGUACCGGAAACCUUGCAUAACUGGCCGCAUAAUGGGGCACGGCGUGCGUCUGUCAAUAGCUUCGGAUAUGGGGGAACGAACGCACAUGCCAUUCUUGAAGAAGCAGGACCUUGGAGAUUUAGGGGAUAUGGGCAACGACAAACUUCGAAUGACACGGCUGACGUCCUUAACAGUAGCACCGCCAUGGGCUCAAGUAAAAGUGUGGCAGGAAGACGAUUCCUUAUUGCAUUGACACAUGCGAUGGAUUCCGGAAUCAGCAGGUUAGCGACAAACCUGAAGAGGUAUCUGUUGGGUGCUAGAUCCGAACAAACAAUUCUCCCAAAUUUAGCCUACACUUUGGGCGAACGAAGAUCCCGGUUCGAUUUUCGCGUGGCUAUAAGCACCGCAACGAUGGACGAACUGAUUAACGCCCUUGAGGAUGUUAUCCACGGGUCCAUGCGUCCUCAGAAGGUGGUUCACGGUCUAAGAAUGGCCUUUGUUUUCACUGGACAAGGAGCGCAGUGGGCUCGUAUGGGCCAGAGACUCUUGGAUGUUUAUCCAACGUAUGCUAGGGCUAUUAGUAAGGCCGAGAAACAUCUUAAAAUGCUAGGUGCUACCUGGUCGCUUGAGUCGGAGUUGGCACGAACCUCCGCAGAGAGUCGAAUAAACGAAGUCUCUAUUUCACAGCCUUGUUGUACUGCGGUCCAACUGGCUCUCGUUGAUUUGUUACGAGAGUGGAAUAUCUAUCCACAGAUUGUAUGUGGUCACUCAAGCGGGGAAAUUGCUGCUGCCUAUGCUGCUGGGUUUUUGUCUUCCUUGGACGCAUUACGCAUCGCGUUCUACCGUGGAAGUAUACUGGGUCGAUUGAAGGAACAAUAUCCUCACAUUAAAGGUGGUAUGCUCGCAGUAGGUAUGCCAUCGGAUCUGGCCCUCAAAUACAUAUCCCAAUUUGUGACGAACUCUCGUAGCGCUGAGGUUAUCGUCGCUUGUAUUAAUAGUCCAGAGAACGUGACUUUGUCAGGGGACACGCUUGUCCUGGAAAAGAUAAGAGUGAGUCUUAAUCAUGAUGGAAUAUUCAACCGUCCCCUUGCUGUGGAUGUUGCGUACCAUUCCCAUCACAUGUAUAUGGUUCAAGAAGAGUACUUCGACGCGAUAAAAGCCGUUCAGCCAUUGAAGCCCAACGGCCAUGUACGAAUGGUUUCAUCUGUGACUGGUAAAGUGUGUGAAUGGUUUGAGAUGGGUGGCUCGUACUGGGUUGAUAACUUAACGUCGCCGGUUCGGUUUGUGGACGCUAUUGAAAGCGCGCUAGCAGUGUCGUGCAAUAUCAAGAGCGAUACUCGACAUACGCUGGAUAUUGUUCUGGAAGUAGGUCCACAUUCAACUCUCAAGGGUCCACUGCAGCAGAUUUUCAAGCGGAAUGCAGGUAUUGCUCCUCCGCGUUACGAAACAAUUCUCCUUCGGAAUAGGGAUGCAGUUGGAAGUGCGGUCGGAAUGGCUGGACGCAUUUUCACCCUCGGAUGUGAUGUGUGCUUUGGUAGCAUUAAUGAUCCUUCACACAGUUCCGAAAAGAAGGUGCUAACAAAACUACCGGGGUAUGACUGGGAGCAUUCCAGGACUCAUUGGAAUGAGAGUAGGAUGAGUUAUCAAUAUCGACAACGACAGCUUCCCCGACAUGAUCUCCUGGGAGUACCAAGCCAUGAUAGCCACAGUAUGGAGCAGGUGUGGCGUAAUUACUUGCGAUUGUCUGAAAUGCCCUGGUUGUGUGGACACAAAGUUAACAAUCAGAUGAUAUUUCCUUCCAGUGCCUACAUCUGUAUGGUAGUGGAGGCCCUUCGUCAAACCACUAUAAGGAACGGUCGUGCAUGGAAAAGGGACCAGAUCUGCCGCUUCAGGGAGGUCUUUGUUGAAACCGCACUUAUUGUUUCCGACGCCGGCAGUGGAAUUGAGAUUUUGUUGACCGUGAGACCCUAUAUCGAGUCUGCUACUGAAUUAUCUCCAGACUGGAAGGAGUUCAGGGCUUUUUCGCUAUCAGAUACAGGGAACGCAACCUUGCAUUGUCGGGGACUGGUUCUUUCACAGCCGGCGCAUACCUCGAACCAGGUGGACGGCGGACGUGAGAUCACUUUCCUGAGAGACGCGGACCGGAAGCAGUUUGCAGUUGAAGGACAGGGCCACCAAAGUUUUAUGGGACGCGAGCAGUUCUAUCGGAAACUCAGGUGUAUCGGACAAGAGUAUACCCCCCCGUUCGAUAACCUUUUUGAUAUUCGCGCCGGAAAAUCUGCGUCAUUCUGCAAAUUCAGCAUCCCGGACACUAGGAAAUCAAUGCCUGCAGAAUUCCAACAAUCCCACGUCAUCCAUCCAGCGGUUCUGGAUUCCUGCUUUCAGUUGCCUUUAGCCUCGCUUCUCUGUGCGGGAAAGGCGCAUUCUGGUUUUGUGUUAUCAAGCAUCUCCGAAAUAACUAUAUCUACAAACGUGAGCUCUGAACCGGGAAGCUUGCUCCGAGCCACUGCCACUGUGGAGCCAUUCAGUCGCUCGAAACCACUCGCUGAUGUGAAGGUCGGAAACCACGAUCUAAGCAACCCCUCACUUAUCAGUAUUAAAGGGCUAUGUUUCACGUCCGGCGGCAAAUUGAACACCAAGGAGGCAAAUCUUUGCUCUCGAGUCAACUGGGCUCCUGAUAUUACCUGUGCGCAGCCCAGAGACAUUCACCAGCUCUGCUAUGCAAGAGAUCCAGAAGAAGUACUAAUAGACCAAUGGCCUCUUUACGACCGAUACCUCGACAUGAUUAUUCGUGAUACUCUCCCACUGGUCUCUCCUCAUGAUGAAGCCUCCAUGGCUCCACAUUUCAGGAAUUUGUUACGCUGGAUGCGGUCAAGACAGUCAACAUUCCCUUCUACCGCAGUCUCUAGCCUACGGGAUCGAGUACAGUCGGUUCAGCCGUUCGGCACAGCAGUGGUUCAAGUUAGUGACCAUUUACUAGAUAUUCUGCAGGGCCGUGCAGACGCACUCGACGUUCUAAUGAAGAAUAGCCUACUCUACCAAUUUUAUCAGGCGGAUCACUUUCAAAGGUGUCAUGCUCACCUCGCUAACUACGUAUCACGGCUUCAGUUCAAGAAUCCCAGUAUGAGGAUACUUGAAAUUGGCGCCGGAACAGGCAGUGCGACGCUCUCUGUGCUAGGAGCAUUAGGUCUAGGCCCUUCAGGCCAUGUGGGGAACACCGUAAAAAUGGACAGAUUCUUCUUCACGGAUAUUUCGGCUGGCUUCUUUGAGAAAGCAAAGGAAGCCCUAGCUCAAUGGGGCGACGCAAUAGAGUUUAAAAAGCUUGACAUCGAGCACUCUGUAAAGGAGCAAGGGUUCGCAGAGGGCUCAUUUGACCUGGUGAUCGCAUCCAAUGUUCUACACGCCACAAGGCGGAUGUCCAACACCCUCCAAAAUGUACGGAAGCUUCUGAAACCGGGUGGAAAGCUUGCCUUGGUAGAAAUCACAAGCCCACAUGACUUUUGGUCACUUGUUAUGGGUGUCCUCCCGGGAUGGUGGCUCGGCAUUGACGACGGCCGAGUAGAUUCUCCCCUUCUUCAAUUGCCAGAGUGGCAUACUCUACUCUGCGAAAAUGGUUUCUCCGGUGUGGAUGCUGAGAUGAAAGACUAUGAAUCGGCAUCUCAUCACCAGAUAAGUCUAAUUGUUUCUACCGUUGUGCCCGAAACAGUUCAUGUUGGUCGCAUUCCUCCGAUACACAUCGUUUCGCGACACGAAAACAGCUCUGUGGCGGAUAAUUUAUCAAAUCUUAUCAAGGUUCAGGCCCCAUCAUGCCAGAUUCAAAAGUCUUAUAUAGACAAUCUGGAUCCUACCCCUCACAAAUUAUAUGUGAUUCUCCUCGAGAUCAUCACUCCUUUCCUUGCUUCUUGCACUGCACUGGACUUCCAACGACUGAAGAACCUUUUCAGUGAGGCUAGGCGAAUCCUCUGGGUGACUCGAGGCGCUGCAGUAGAGGCAACUGAUCCUAAAAUGGCAAUUAUCACAGGCCUUGCACGAAGCCUCCGAUCCGAGGACAAGACCCUUGAGAUGAUCACUCUAGAUCUAGACCCAUUAGCACGGUGCAGCCCUGAAGACAUGGCACAGCAUAUCCACAGUGUCCUUGAAGGUAUGUAUCUUCAACCUAGUGACGAAGGUGCAUCUUUGCACGAGCACGAGUACGCAAUACGUAACAAUAAGAUUCUGAUACCCCGAAUUAUGGAGGAUGCACCCUUGGAAGAGUACGUUCGGAAUCGAUCGUUCAACAACGAACCACAGCGUGCGGAACUCCAGCAAUUUAACCGAUCCCUGCAGCUGGAGGUCGGCACCCCAGGAUUGCUAGAGACACUACGCUGGGUGGAGAGCCCCACCCAUAGCAGAAAACCUCUCCCGAAUGAAGUCCGUGUCGAGAUGGAAGUGUUUGCCCUCAACUUCAGGGACAUAAUGUCUGCAAUGGGACAGCUGGAUGCCCGGGCGGGAAUGCUCUAUGAAGGUGGCGGCAAGGUCGUGGAAGUUGGUGAAGGCGCCGAACAGGAGUUCCAAAUUGGUGACCGAGUGUGUGUCACAAGCACCAGUAGUUUGGCAACGAGGAGCAACAUAGAUAUUGCUUUCGUCCAUCAUGUGCCAGAGGGUAUGUCCUUGGAAACGGCAAAUGCGGUUCAGAUUGCCUAUGCAACCGCGCUCUAUGCAUUGAGAGAUGUUGCGCAUCUCCAAAAAGGGGAGACAAUACUAAUUCAUUCGGCCAUGGGUGCUCUUGGACAAGCCGCAAUUGCCAUGGCAAGAUAUCUCGGGGCAGGGGAUAUUUUUGUUACCGUUGGUAAUGCUCAUAAGAAGUCUUGUCUGAUCCGACGUUUUGGUAUACCGGAGAAGUACAUUUACUCCAGUCGCGCUGUGUCUUUCAAGCAUGGAAUCCAGCGUCAGACCAAGGGUAGAGGGGUAGAUGUGGUCCUCAAUUCGCUCAGUGGUGAAGCCACCCGUGAGAGCCUGGAGUGCCUUGCCAACUUCGGGCGUUUUAUCGAGGUAGGCAAGGGCCAACUGCUGUCAAACAGAAGAAUGGAGCUUCAGAGCCUUGAGGGAAAUAGAAUCUUUGCCACAGUGGACCUCUUAAGCUGGGCAGAUCACAAGCCGUCGGAAAUGAAGAAACUUUGUGCAACUGUGCUCGACUUGAUUCAUACGCUACAGGUGCCUCUCUUAGCACCAAUUACAAUAAAUCCAAUCAGUAAUCUGGUGGAAACUUUCCGAUCCAUGCAGACAGGGAAGCAUUUGGGCAAAAUUGUCUUGCAAGUAGACAGUCAGUCUCAAGGUCUAGUUUUACCUCCGACUCCUGUACCAUGCCGGUUGAAAAGUGACUGCGCAUAUCUUAUCGUUGGAGGACUGGGUGGCCUGGGAAGAGCAAUUGUCCGACAUUUCGCCAGCCUCGGUGCCAGGAAUAUCGUUGUCUUGUCUCGCUCUGGUGUAGCAGAAAGUGCUGAAAGGCUCCUUCUUUCCCAAGAAAUGCACGAGGUCGGCAUAAAUCUCAUGGUCCAUCAAGGCAGCGUUGGCAAACUGGAUGAUGUCCAGAAGGUCAGAGAUAUUACAGGAACUAUGGCUAUCCGCGGCAUUGUCCAUGGAGCCAUGCACUUACAGGAUUCCAUUUUUAGAAAUAUGUCUCGUGCCCAAUGGCAAGCGUCAAUAAUGCCUAAGGUCCAAGGGGGUAUCAUCGGCUCCAAGGGCCAAGCCAAUUACUGCGCGGGAUGCACAUUCCAGGACGCUUUUGCUCGUCACCGCGCAUCCCUCAGCAGACCAGUCCGUACCAUUGAUCUCUGCGCCAUAGAUUCUGAAGGCUACACCGCCGAAAAUCAAUUUGCCGCAGCUCAUGCUAUUCGCCAAGGCAGCCAGAUGAUGAACCUGGAGAAGCUCUUGGCGCUGCUAGACCACGCCAUCUCAUGGCCGCUUCCCACGGAGGCCACUACCGCACAAGUCGUUACCGGAGCUCGACUCCAAGAUUCUGCGCAUGUAUUCGGUUCCAGUGAGGCAGAUCCACGGUUUUCCCACACGUGGGAGCGUCAUUCUCGCCAGAAUGUCGUUAGUGAUAAAGGGGAUGAGGGGGAUCUGUUCUCUCGCUUACAGGAGGCUUCAACCCAGCAAGACGCUCUCAACAUAGUGCAACGUGCGAUUAUCACGAGGAUAUCGAAACUUCUCGACGUUCCGACGACCGAUAUCAACCCCAGGCAGACUGUGUCGAGCUACGGAAUUGAUUCCCUAGUCGCAGUGGAAUUCCGAAACUGGAUUCUGAAACACUUGGAGGCGAACGUACAGUCGUUUGAGCUCUUAAGUGCGUUUUCCAUCCAGGAGCUGGCUCAAAUAAUAGUUGAGAGGUCCAAAUUCGUUCCUCCUGCUAUGCUUGUCGCAAAAAAUUAG